CUCUCUCUCUACAACAGAAUUAUUCUCUUCGCCUUCUUCUUCUACUUCCGUUCUCCAUUACUGUCUCUUUGCCAUGGCUGCCCCUGCAUACUACCAUCCAACUCCACUCUCUUCUUCCCGCGCGUGCUCUCGCUCCCCUCACUCUCCGACCUUCUCUUCUGAACUCAUCGCCGCUUCUCUCGCUUCAUUUCCUCUCAAUUUGCAGUUACGAAAGCGCCUCGAGAUUCGCAAUCGAAAUACCCUCCGUACUCUCUGCGUUCGUGACACCAAAGCUCCAGUAGUAACCAAAGACUCGUGGGAAAAGUCAGUUCUAAACAGCAAAACUCCUGUCCUAGUUGAAUUUUACGCAAGUUGGUGUGGACCAUGUAGGAUGGUCCACCGAGUAAUUGACGAGAUUGCUGUAGAAUAUGCUGGGAGGCUUAAAUGCUUUGUACUCAACACCGAUGAUGACCCGCAAAUUGCUGAGGACUACGAGAUUAAGGGCGUUCCAGUGGUUUUUCUCUUUAAGAAUGGGGAGAAACGUGAGACCGUGAUUGGGACCAUGCCAAAGGAGUUCUAUGUGGCUGCCAUUGAGAGGGUCCUGAAGUUAUAAGCACAGUUCUUUGCAUAAUCAGAACCUCGCAGUUAAGUCAACAUUUUUCUCCGGCAUUAUAUUGUCAGGAUUUUGUUCAAGAAUCUUCGACUAGAACUAUAAUGGGAUGUACAUAUUUUAGAUGUAUGCCUACUUUUGUUGCCGCCAUAAGAUACUUUCUUCGUUAUACCAAAAUGGUCUUGCCCUUCCUCUUACACCUUUUCUGGCGUGUGCUUAUAUCCUUUACUAUUGUUCCCUGGUUUAAACAGCAUUUUGCUAUUCUAGUGCAAGUUACUGAGUUUGCAUUUUGGCCAAA